UCACAGUUUUCUGCUGUAUUAAAAACGGCUCAGUGCUAAUAAUUUAUUAAAGUAUUUCUGCUAAAAAAACGAAAGUAUUGUACAAUGUCUCUAUCCAAUGAUAGUGCAAUAAAAUCCCUACGCGAUGCCGUUGAAUCAAGAGAUUUAGAUUUGAUAGAAUCAUUAUUGAAAAAUGGUGCUGAUCCGAAUGUAGUUGAUAAUGAUGGCUGGACAGCUCUUCAUUAUAUCUGUUAUCAAGAUAACUUGACGAUGACCCAUUUCAAAAUGAUUCAAAUUCUUAUCCAGUAUAAAGCCGACAUUAAUAUCCAAAAUGAGUAUGGUGACAGUCCUACAAUUAUUUUGUAUCGUGAAUCGAAAGAUUUCGAAUUACGCUUCGAAGUUUUAAAGUUACUACUAGAAAAGGGAGCCGACGUUACAUGUGUUGACAGAGCUGGCAACACAGUAUUACACUUGAUCCUUUGCAAUGAAAAGAAUCCAAAUAUUGUAGAAGCAGUGGAAUUAUUGUUGAAACAUGGAGAUAUUGUGAAUAUUCAGAAUAUAAAUGGUCAGUCUGCACUUCAUCUUGCGUCAUUGUACUCCGAAUGUAUAAAAGUGGUUGAACUACUUUUGAAAAAAAACACCGACCCAAAUGCAGUUGAUAAUGAUGGCUGGACAGCUCUGAAUAUCAUUUGUGCACAAUCUAGUUUGAAAAAGGUUGAUUUAAAAAUGAUUCAACUUCUUAUCCAAUACAAAGCCGACGUGAAUAUCCAAAAUGUGUAUGGUGAUAGUCCUUUAAUGUCCUUAUAUCUUAAUGUGAAAGAUUACAACUUACGCUUUGAAGUUUUCUAUUUAUUACUAAAAAAUAACGCAAAUGUCAUACGUGUCAACAAAGAAGGUAAUACAAUAUUACACUUGAUCCUUUGCAAUAAAGAGAAUCCAAAUAUUGUAGAAGCAGUGAAAUUGUUAUUGAAAAGGGGAGUUGAUGUAAAUAUCCAAAAUGAAAAUCGUCAAUCUGUACUUCAUGUUGCGGUAGAAUUCUCUCGAAAUGUAGAAUUGGUUGAACUACUUUUGAGAAAUGGCGUCGACCCAAAUGCGGUUGAUAAUUAUGGCUUUACAGCUCUGGAUGUCAUUUGUGGACUACCUUAUUUGAAAUAUAUCGAUUUAAAAUUAAUUCAACUUCUUAUCAAAUACACAACAGACGUUAAUAUCCAAAAUAAGUAUCAUGAGAGUCCUAUACUUGCCUUAUAUCGUAAUGUGGAAGAUUGCGAAUAUCGCUUGGAGGUUUUAAAGUUACUACUAGAAAAUGGAGCCGACGUUGCAUGUGUUGACAGAGCUGGUAACACAGUAUUACACUCCAUCAUUUACCGUGAAAAGAAUUCAAGGAUUCUAAAAGCAGUGCCAUUGUUGUUGAAGUAUGGAAUCGAUUUGAAUAUCAAAAAUGAAUGGGGUCAAUCUGCACUUCAUUUUGCAGUAAGAUUUACUCGAAAUUUAGAAGUGAUUGAACUACUUUUGAAAAAUGGUGCUGAUCCAAAUACGGUUGACAACAGAGACCAGACAGCUCUGAAUUUCAUUUGUGCACGAACUACUUUGAAUGACGUUGAUUUAAAAAUGAUCCAACUUCUACUCCAAUAUAAAUCCGACGUGAAUAUCCCAAAUGAGGACGGUAACAGUCCUAUUAUGACAUUAUAUACAAAUGGCGGUUAUUACAAAUGGCGGUUGGAAGUUUUCAAGUUACUAUUAGAAAAUAACGCAGAUAUCACACGUGUCAACCAAGAAGGUAAUACAAUACUACAUAUUAUCGUUCACUGGGGAAAUUAUCCAAAUAUUGUAGAAGCAGUGAAUUUAUUGUUGAAACAUGGAGAUAUUGCGAAUAUUCAGAAUAUAAAUGGUCAGUCUGCACUUCAUCUUGCGUCAUGGUUCUCUGAACGUAUAAAAGUAGUUGAACUACUUUUGAAAAAAAAUACCGACCCAAACACAGUUGAUAAUGAAGGCUGGACAGCUCUGAAUUACAUCUGUGCACAAUCUCGUUUGAAAGAUGUUGAUUUUAAAAUGAUUCAACUUCUUAUUCAGUACAAAGCUGAUGUUAAUAUCCAAAAUUUGUAUGGUAAGAGUCCUAUAAGGACCUUAUAUCGUGAUGUGAAAGAUUACAACUUACGCUUGGAAAUUUUCAAGUUACUACUGGAAGCCGGAGCCGAUGUAACAUGUGUCGACAAUGCUGGUAAUACAAUAUUACACAAUAUCCUUUCCAAUCAAGAUAAUCCAAAUAUUGUAGAAGCAGUGGAAUUGUCGUUAAAAUAUGGAUUAGAUGUAAAUAUCCAAAAUAAAAAAGGUCAGUCUGCACUUCAUCGUGCGGUUGGAUUUUAUGAAAGUCUCAAAGUGGUUGAACUACUUCUGAAAAAUGGCGCCGAUCCAAAUAUGAUUGAUGAUAAUGGCUGGACGGCUCUGAAUGACAUUUGUGCCCAACCUACUUUGAAAAAGGUUGAUUUAAAAAUGAUUCAACUUCUUAUCCAAUACGAAGCCGAUGUGAAUAUCCCAAAUGAUGACGGUAACAGUCCUAUUAUGACCUUAUACCAUCAUGCGAAUGAUAACAAAUUACACUUGAAAGUUCUCAGCUUACUCCUGAAAAACGGAGCCGAUGUUAUGUCUGUCAACAAUGAGGGUAAAACAAUAUUACACUUUAUGCUUCAGAACAAAAAUAAUCCAAAAAUGAAAAAAGCAAUUCUUGAAUCACAAAAGGAAUUCAAUUACAGAAAGAAUUGUUGUUGGUCGUUCUUGUGUAGAGAAGACUUUGACGGUUUUGGAAAUAUGGGACGAAUAAUAAAAGGAUACAUUAACGAAGCUUUAGUAAAGAGACUGAAAACACAAGUGACCUCUAACUCGAUUAUAUGUACAAUGUCUCAAUCCAAUAAUAGUGCAAUAAAAUCCCUACGCGACGCCGUUGAAUCAAGAGAUUUAGAUUCGAUAGAAUCAUUAUUGAAAAAUGGAGCUGAACCAAAUGUAGUUGAUAAUGAUGACUGGACAGCUCUAAAUUACAUCUGUGCACAACCCACUGUGAAAGUUGUUGAUUUCAAAAUGAUUCAACUUCUUAUCCAACACAAAGCUGAUGUUAAUAUUGCAAGUAAAAGAGGCUUCAGUCCUAUGAUGACUUUAUAUAAUAAUGCUAAAAAUUACACGUUACGCUUUAAAAUAUUCCUCUUAUUACUGAAAAACGGAGCCGAUGUUAAACUUGUCAACCACGAUGGUAAUACAAUAUUACACUUGAUCCUUUGCAAUAACGAGAAUCCAAAUAUUGUAGAAGCAGUGGAAUUGUUGUUAAAAAGGGGAGUUGAUGUAAAUAUUCAGAAUAAAGAUGGUUUUUCCGCACUUCAUCGGGCCGUUGGAUUUUAUGAAAGUCUCAAAGUGGUUGAACUACUUUUGAAAAAUGGCGCCGAUCCAAAUAAGAUUUUUGACAAUGGCUUGACGGCUCUGAAUGACAUUUGUGCCCAACCUACAUUAAAAAAUGUUCAUUUAAAAAUGAUUCAACUUCUUAUCCAAUACAGAGCUGAUGUUAAUAUUGCAAAUAAAGAAGGCUUCAGUCCUAUGAUGACUUUAUAUACUAAUGCGGAAGAUUAUAAGUUACGUUUCAAUACAUUUCACUUAUUACUGAAAAACGGAGCCGAUGUUAAACUUGUCAACCACGAUGGUAAUACAAUAUUACACUUGAUCCUUUGGAAUCCAAAGAUUAAUCAAAAUAUUUUCGAAGCAGUGGAAUUGUUAUUAAAAAGGGGAGUUGAUGUAAAUAUUCAGAAUAAAGAUGGUUUUUCCGCACUUCAUGGGGCCGUUUUUUUUUGUGAAAGUCACAAAGUGGUUGAACUACUUUUGAAAAAUGGCGCCGAUCCAAACGCUGCUGUCUGUGGCAGGACAGCUCUGAAUUUCAUUACCCGUGAACCUGUCUUGAAAAUGGUCCACUUGAAAAUGAUUAAACUUUUUAUCCAAUACAACGCCGACGUAAAUGCAGAGGAUGAUUUCUACAACAUGCCGAUACAAAACUUAUUUAAGCGGGGUAAUUGUUUGGUUAGCGAAUUAAGAUUGCGCCUGAAAGCUUUUCGAUUGCUACUAAAAAACGGGGCCGAUUGCGAAAGUGUAUAUGUACUUGGCAGAUUUAUGAUGUUGCAUAAUACAAGUAAACGUGAUCCGUAUGGGCAAUCCUCGGGAAUCGCAAAAGCAAUUCAACGUCUAUUGAAUGAUGGAGUGAAUGUAAAUAUACAAGAUAAAAAAGGUCGUUCUCCACUGCAUAAUGCAAUUGAUCGUUCAAGAAUCGAACAUAUUAAAUUUUUAUUCAAGAACGGAGCCGAUCCAAAUAUCGUUGAUGUCGAUGGCAACAUACCCUUGAAUUAUACUUUUGAACGUUUUUGUGAACGUGCAGACUGCGUUUGCUGUCUAAAGCAUCCGACUCAUUCAGAAAGAUAUCCAUUUUUGAAAAUACUAGAACUGAAUGUCGAAAAGAAUGCAGAUCUUUCUCACGUCGGUGGUGAUGGCAAAACCGUAUUGCACUCACUAAUUAUAAAAGUAAGCUUAUUUUAUUUUCAUCACAAUAGUAAAGAUCACAAUAGUGAAGUCGAUAGAUUGGAAUAUGCAUGGUCACACGUGUAUCGUUGUAUUGAAAUACUUUUAAAACAUGGAUUGGAUGUCAAUAUCAAAGAUCGAGAUGGAUUUACUCCGCUAAAUGAGGCGGUGUCACACUGUAAUUACCGCAUAGCUAAAUUUCUUGUGGAACGUGGAGCUGACGUUAAUACAGUCAAAUUCAAAGGUGGAUUUUUGGAAAAUAAAGUGUUCCCAUCCUUAAACCUAGCGACACUUUUAAACCUCCUAGAUAUUAUCGAACUUUUGCAGAACAAAGAUUUCAAAAUCAAAUCCCAUCAGUAUUUAACACUAUUUAAAUAUUUGACGUUAUGUGAGAAUUUGCCAACUAACGACGAACGUUUUUUAUUAUUAUUUGAUAGAUGGAUUAAACAGGUUAACCUUCAUGAACCGUGCUGGAGGCAUGUUUAUGAAUUAGGUUCUGGAUCUGUGAUUCGAAAAUUUCUUGAAACAAUGAUUCUCGCAAUUGAUGAUAGUUCAAAUUGCACCAAUUUUAAUAGCACCCAGCUAAAAAUGAGUUUAUACAAAAUCAUCAAACAAUAUCUUCAUGUGACAAAAUAUGGAAAUAUGUACAUAGACAUUGAAACCUAUAACUAUUUGGGAGAGAAGUUGGAUACACUUGUUUCAGAGAAGCCAGAAACUGAUGAAAAUUAUAAAGCAUAUAGAGACAGAGAAUACAAAGACCUUCGAGAACAAAUUGAUAUAGCAAAAGAGAUGAUCAUAGGCAAUAAUAUUUCAUUUUUGGAUCUUUGCACUUGUGGUCCAGAUGAAACGUACAGGUUAUUGAUAAAGUGUGAUUAUGAAUCAACAAUAAACUUAAAUAAUAUUGAGUCAUCUAGUUUCGCGAGCGACUUUUGCAAAUUGGGAAAAAUUCGAAGAAUUAUAGAAGGAUACAUUAGCAAAGCUUUAGUAAGAAGAUUGAUAGCACAAGUGACAUCUGACUCGAUAAAACUUUUAACUCAUAAUAUUUUACCCGAUUUGUGUUGUGAUAAAAUCAUCCGUUUUUUAGACACUGUAGAUUUAGUAUCUGUUUUUGAAGCAGUUAUAAAUCAUAGAUCUUAAUUCGAUAUACGUACUUAUCAUAAUUUUAUAUUUAAAAUAAUUAUCAUUAACAAAUAAAAUUAAAAAAAACGAAUUACUUAAUAUUAUCGUGUAAAGUGGGUCCUAAUGCAAGUACAA